CUAAGAAUAUCUUAUCAGAGCUUUCUCACUUCAUUUGAAAUCUUCCUUUUUGGUCUUGUUAUUUAGAAAUUUCAAAACGAUGGGCUUCCGGUUGCCUGGCAUUUUUGUACAUGCUAAGAAAAACAAAGUACCUUCAAAGUCCUUGGAUGUUCCUAAAGGCUACUUUGCAGUCUAUGUUGGGGAGGGUGAAAAGAAGCGGUUUGUGAUUCCAGUAUCAUACUUGAACCAACCGUCAUUUCAAGAUUUGUUAACUCAAGCUGAAGAUGAAUUUGGAUAUGAUCAUCCAAUGGGUGCUAUCACAAUCCCCUGCAGUGAAAACACUUUCCUUGAUCUCACCUCUAGCUUUGGUGUAUGAGCUCAGGCUCAAAUUCUCCAUAGACACAAUGCUGACUCCUUUGGCUGCAGCUGUACGAGGGCCAAUUAAUUCUCUCACAGAUAAAUUUUGGGUCGAAAUUCGCUGCCAACACAUCCUUCAGGAGACGCUAAAACUGGCUGAAUUCAAGGAAGGUCUUGGAUUGAGAAUCAACUGAAUGAUAUGAUGAUAUCCUUCAGUAAUUCACGAGUUAGAACUUCAAACUGCUUGUGAGCUGAGGAAAAAAAAAAAGCCAGCCAGCAGCACUGACUUUCAAGAUUCUUUAAUGUCAACCCCAUGUAUCUAAUUGUCCUGCAAGGAAAAUUGAGAUCAAAAUACUUGACACAUUAAUAUGAAGUGCUUACAGUUCUUUCUUUCA